AUCCUCAGAAUCUCUCCUUUUCCCUCUCUCUUUCUCUCUUUCUUCGUCUGUUUAUUAAAAGCAAAAUCCCAAAUCUUCCUGUUUACCUCAUUUUUCUCUUACUCUUGCUAUAUAAGCAUCUUCAACUUUCAUUUUUUUCCACUACUUAGAUACAUCAAAUCUUGUAUUCUUAUAUUUUCUUUUUCUUUCUUUUACACCGCACAAUACUCGGUCACCAACAAAAGUUAAUAUAUUUGAUAUUUAUUCUCUGGUUACAUGGCAACGGCGGCCGGUGAGGUCUUCAGGCGGAGUUUGCCACAUGAGGUUGGUGUUUCUUCUAAUGGGUCAGAGGAACUUCAUGUCCUUGCUGUUGAUGAUAGUCUUGUUGAUAGAAAAGUGAUUGAACGGUUGCUAAAGAUUUCAUCUUGUAAAGUUACCGCUGUUGACAGUGGUACUAGAGCUCUUCAGUAUCUUGGAUUGGAUGGAGAGAAGAGCUCUGUUGGGUUCAAUGAUUUGAAAGUGAAUCUGAUAAUGACGGAUUACUCGAUGCCUGGGAUGACUGGAUAUGAGCUGCUAAAAAAGAUCAAGGAAUCAUCAGCUUUCAGAGAGAUACCUGUAGUGAUCAUGUCAUCGGAGAACAUUUUGACUCGAAUUGAUAGGUGUUUGGAAGAAGGGGCAGAAGAAUUCAUAGUGAAACCUGUAAAACUUUCCGAUGUGAAGCGACUAAAGAAUUUUGUAAUGCGAGGCGAGGGAGAUGAAAAGGAAAAGAGAAGUAUUCUGAAGAGAAAGAUGGAUGAUGAUGUUUCUUCAUCAUCUUCAUCAUGCCCUUCUGGUCCGGCAUCACCAGAAUCAUCAUCUUCUUCACCAUCAUCUACCACUUGUGUGGCUAAAAGGCCUAGACUGCUGACAGAGACUAACUUUUCAGCAUGCACAUCAGAGUGAUGAGUUUUGUUAAAUUUUUGUCAAUACUCUGAAGAGAUACUUCUGUUUAUGCUGCACAUAUACUAGCUGACUCAAAUUGACAUGAAGAACUGGCCACUAGGGCAGAAAGAAGAAGGGAUACAUACAAUGAAAUAGUUGUGAGAAACACCUGUAGAAUUCUUUUGUUGUGAUAAUGCCACAGUUAACUUCUGGUUUAACUAA